AUGUUCGCAUGCAGCCCCUCGUGCAGUUUGCUGCUGCAGUGGCAGCGGGGGGCCCCCAAACCUCUUGGGGGCCCCCCGCUGCCUUCCGUGCUGCAGCUGCAGUUGCUGCGGCAGCAGCAAAUGCUGUUGCUGCUGCUGCUGCUGCUUAACUCCUCGCGAGGAGCAGCAGCAGAAGCAGCAGAGGGUCUUCGAGGCGCUCUCUUUCCUGGUCUUGCUCCUACAGAGUCUAUGGGGGCCCCCCUUGUUGAGUUAUUAUAUGUUAAUGCAGAUCCAGGGGGCCCCCCUCAGAGACCCCUAGGGAUAGCUCGUCGCAACAUACAGCAGCAAGACCUUAAUACGCAGCAGCUGCUGCUGCAGCAGCAACAGCAACAGCAGCAGCUACAGCAGCAGCUGCAGCAGCAGCAGCAGCAGAUACCUGCUCCGGAAACAAAUGCUGCUACUCCUGCUGCUGAUCCUGCUGAUGCUGCAACUCUUGCUGCUGCUGGUGAAGAGAAUGAAACGAACGAAGUUGUCCCACCGAGAGAGCCUCUGCAGCAGCUGCAACAGCAACAACAACAGCAGCAGCAGCAGCAGCAGCAACAGCAAGAUCAACAGGAACAGCAACUGCAGCAGCAGCAGCAGCAGCAGGAGGGGGAUCCGACUGGGUCCUGCGGCAGCGGCAGCAGCAGCAGCAGCUGCUGCGCACCAGCUUUCUGCAACAGAGAGUGCUUCGAGCCGCUAAAGACAGCAAUUGAACAUGCUGCAGCAGAGUCGCUGCUGCCUUCACUUCGUCGAUAUUUGGGGCUGCAUGCUGAACCCCCGCCUCUCAUGCCUUUCUUCCUUGGGGGCCCCCUCCCUCCUGUACCCUUUCUGCUGCCAGUCUUGACAGGCGGUGAAGGGGAUCUGCUGUCUUCAGUGCUGAGAGGAGGUGUUAUAAAGGUGGGGUUGGUCGGGGAUCUGCUGUCUUCAGUGCUGAGAGGAGGUGUUAUAAAGGUGGGGUUGGUCGGUACCCGCUUCCUCCCUGCCUCUGUGCGCUCCUUGCCUGCGCCUCAACAGCAACAGCAGCAGCAGCAGCAGCAGCAGCAGGAGCAGCAGCAGCAGGUGAAGCCUACGGGGAUAUCUUUUCGUAUAUUAGAGGCUGCGGUGUCUCUGCUGUCAAGAAAUUAUGCAGCUCACAUCCCUGGAGGGGGCCUCCUUAAGAUUCAAUAUCGUGUGUACAGCAGCAGAGCAGCGUUAUUUGCUGCUGUUGCUGCAGGACAUGUACACCUCACAGAGUUAGCUGCGCCUUACUCUACUCUUCAGACAGCAGCAGGAAGCUUCCCUUCAAAGAAGCUGCAUGCAGCACUUGCUGCACCUAGAAGCCUAUCCCUAACCGCCAAACAGCAACAGCAGCAACAGCAACAGCAGCAGCAGCAGCAGCAGCAGCAGCAGGAUGUAGGUUGUGUCUCCGGCGAUCGCUGCUCUCUAGGACGGUGGGUGUGGGGCUCUGCUUACUUUUUUUCUCUUGUUAUAGCAGGGGCCCCCUGGGGGGGGGCCCCCCUGCUGCUGAGCUGCCAGCGACAGCUGCAUGUGCAGCGACUUAGAGACCUUGGUUUGCUGCUGCUGGAGUCGGGUGUAGCGUCUCCUUUUGUUUUAAUUGAAGCUGCAGCACCUGAGAUUGCAGAUAUUGUCUCUUCUUCGCUCCCUCCGAGCGCAGCCUUUGGUCUUGUUAAUAUGAAUACAUUAGGGGGCCCCCUACCUACCACAGGGGGGCCCCUCAGCCCUCUAUGUAAUGCAGCAGCUAGAAGAAGAGCUCAAGCAGCACAUACAACACUUCCAGCAGCACCUGAAUCACCACCAACGGCUACCGCUGCUGCUGCUGCUGCUGCUGCAGCUGCUGCUGCUGCAACAGGGGGGCCCUUCGGAGCAGCAGCAAACCGGCUUACGUCAGGGCCUCAACAGACAGCAGCGCAUGUAGAGGAGGGGGCCCCCAAGAUGUUUGCUGCAGAUGCUGCAGGUGCAGGGGUCUGGCUCCCAGAUAACAGCAGCAGCAACAGCAGCAGCAGCAGCAGCAGCAAUGGGGGGGAAGGGCCCCCGUUCUUGCGAGGUAAGGGGCAGCUGCUUCCAGGAGGUGUUGUGCUGCUGUCUCUGUCUGAAGCUCUUGAGGCCCUUCACCAAGGUGAGGCUGUCGCGCUGCUGCAUGCAACCCCUUUAGGAGAGUUAUUGAGCAGCAGCGAGAGCCAGGGGGGCCCCCCAGACAGCGGUGAAGGGGGCCCCCCAGACAGCGGUGAAGGGGGCCCCCCAGACAGCGGUGAAGGGCGCCCCCUAUCUGUCUCGGAGGCCCUACCUUGGCUGCUAGAAGCAGAUGCAGAUACUGUGCUGCCUCUGUCUCCUUUCUAUAAAAGAAGAGGGGCCCCUGAGUGCGAGCCCAGAGACCCAAGAGACGAGUUUGCUGCACUCUCUGCUGCUGCUGCUGCUGCUGCAGCAGAAACAAGGAGGCUCUUUCUUAUGCCAGAUGAUGAGCUAUGA